GGAAUCCACCCACGUGUGGAAGUCGUGACAUAGUCUCAUGCGGCAAUGCAUGACUCGGAAAACAUCGUGGAAUGAUUCUCACUUAAACCCGUCUUUCUCUACUAGACGGCAUGAUUGAACGAGUGGCAGCGAUGCCGAUAUGGAAAUGGAAAGGAUUACUUCGCGCGUGCUCAUUUCAUGCCAGUAGUUUAUCCCAUGUGUGUGUCUACCUUCAGUGUAACCAAGCCAAUGGACUGAAGAGCAGGUUCUUCCUUUGCGUGGAUCAUGACCCUGACGUGCGUGUCAUUAUACAUGUCGAUUCCAAGCAUUGGUGCAGGUCACGGGCGUUUCCCGUUGGCUACGACUAGAGAUUGAUAAUCAUUUAAAACUUGGCACAUUGCGCAUCACGCUUGCAAC